CCAGUAAUGAAGGUGUGAGCAAUGACGGAAGUGGGAGACGACCAAAGAACAACUCAGGGGUUGAGAGCUCCUUCAAAGUGCCUUCACCAGAGCCCCCAGCCUGAGAGCAAGAAAGAAGAACUUCUGCCCUGAGGAAAUUAAGGCCAAGGACAUCAUCGGAGCCAACAUUUGCUUCAAGUUCCUGAGGUUGCUGACAACGUGCAGGACACUCAUGGCACCUGGCAGAGGCUGCUUGGCCCUGGCCAUUCUGCUGGCAAUUGUGGACAUCCAGCUUGGUGAGUGCAUGCACAUCCAAAGCUCAUUUCACCAGGAAGGAAAACGACUACGCUUGAUCUGUACUUUGUGGCAUAAGGAAGAAGAGGCUGAGGGGGUUAUACUGUUUUUGUGCAAGAACAGGUCUUCGGACUGUUUUCCUGAUACCAGCUUGGAGCAACUGAGACUUAAACGGAAUCCUGGGAAAGAUGAUGUCAAUGAAAGAUCAUCUGAGUUGGUGUUCACCAUAAACCAAACCACACCAUCGGACAGUGGGACCUACCAGUGUUGUGCCCUAAGCCAGAAGCCAGAUAUCCGCCUUCAGGGUCGCUUUUUCUCUGUUUUAGUCACAGAGUCCGGGAACUACACAGUGAAAGGACUGAAACAAACAGGACACCCUGAGUUCAGUCACAGCAAAGGCACUCUCAGUUCAGGCUUCCUGCAAGAAAAAGCCUGUGUGAUGCUGGUCACCAGCCUGGUGGCCCUUCAAGGUAUGUUCAGAAGAGCCUUAAGCACCCCAGGUAAUGAGGGUGCUACACCUUUGACAUCUUGAUUAUCCUCCAGGAGGAGAGGGUAGAAAGGAAGCCUAGAGUGGGAGUGAAUUGCUGCUCAAGCCCUGGCUGCCCACAGGAAAACAUCAAACCGACACGAGGGCAAAACUGGUCCAAAGGGACUCAAGACUUUAUACUAACCAGAGGAAGAUGGAUGAAACACAUUUCCCACUGGCUAGCAGGUCAGACCUGUUAGAAAAGAAAGCUUGUGGAAGAGGCAAAUAAAUACAGCUCCCUCUACACACUGGACCAACAGAAGUCUGCAAGUUAGGCAAGACAUGUUUGCCUAUUAUGUGAAAAUGAACAAGGCAACAGUCAGACUGGGUCUGGAGGUCGGUUUUAAAAAUGCAGCUCCAUGGCAAAGGGUGGUAGGCAAACUGAGUAUAAACACUUGUAGGUGAGUCCUC